AUGGAAGUAACCAGCAAAGAAUCUGCCUCGAAUGGCGACGAGAGAUCGCUCGGUGCGUCGCCAAAAGCUAUCAACAAGCGAAAGUUGACGGCCAAGAUCGAUUGGCAUGUCCUUCCAUGGUCAACUUGUCAUGUCGCGAUAACUGAUGCUCACCAAUCCUGCAGUAUUAACAUCGGCAAUGCGGCGGUUCUGGGUUUGAAGGAAGACUUGCACAUUCAGACAGGCACGAAAUACAACACUGCAUUGACCAUUUUCUUCGUGCCCUAUAUCAUCUUUGAAAUUCCAUCGAAUAUCCUGCUGAAGAAAUUGAAGCCGCAUGUGUGGUUGCCGCUAUGCAUGUUCGGCUUUGGUCUGGUCACGGUCUGUCAAGGCCUCGUGACAAAUUGGGGCGGAUUAAUGACGACUCGCUGGUUCCUCGGCAUGUUCGAGGCGAGCUUGUCUCCUGGAUGUUUCUACCUUAUUGGUAUGUGGUACAAACGCAGCGAAGCUCAGAAGCGGUUCAGCCUGUUCUUCAACUCGUCAACUAUCGCCGGUGCGUUUGGCGGGUUGCUUGCAAGCGGAAUCGGAAAGAUGGACGGACUGCGUGGCUAUGGCGGCUGGCGCUGGGUAUUUAUCAUCGAGGGCGUGAUCACCUGCCUGGUCGCGACGAUCUGCUUUUUCGUCGUCCCGGGGUUUCCUGAGGAUGUAAAGUGGCUCAGUGAGGGGGAGAGAGAAUUCAUCGUUUCCAAGCUGGCGGAUGACGUGGACAAGGUUUUUAUCGGCGGAUGGAUGUACCUUGGGCAGGGUGUCACAGCCUACGGGUAUGCCUAUUUUGCUCCUUCGAUCAUCAAGUCCUACGGCCACGACGCGAUCAAAACACAGCUCUACUCCAUCCCGCCAUGGGCCGCGGCGUUUGGCAUCUCCAUGCUCGUCGCCUUUUUGUCUGACAAAUUGCGCCACCGGUUCAUCUUCACUAUCAUCCCGAUGCUCAUCGCCAUGGCCGGGUUCGGCAUCCUCCUCAACGUCCACGACCAUCACAACGUACAAUACGGUGCUUUGUUUCUCGUCACGAGUGGCUGCUUCAGUGCCAUGCCCGUGCUGGUCUGCUGGUUCUCGAUGAACCUGGGUGGUCAUCGUCGACGAAGCGUAGGGACGGCAUGGCAGAUUGGGUCUGGAAAUUUCGGCGGGAUUAUCUCCACCUACUCCUUUCUCGCUAAAGGCGCCCCUCGCUACCGUAACGGGUACAUCAUCAGUCUGUCCUUCCUCUGUUUCUCCGCCGUGAUGGCUAUCGUCUACUUAUUGGCAGCUUUGUACGAUAACAAGAGGCGUGAUCGGGCCAUUGAGAAUGGGACAAUUGACUUGCAGGCAUUGCCGGAAGAGGAGUUGGAGUAUAUGGGAGAUUUGGCGCCGACAUUUCGCUAUGCUUACUGA